GCGGAGCUAAGUUGUCGUGAUUCAAGCUGUCGCGGGAACCCCGAAGGCGGAACCCCACGUAAUUAGAAGAUGACCCGAAGUUGCUGCGCAGUGGGCUGCAGCACGCGGGACACCGUGCGGAGCCGGGAGCGCGGCCUCUCCUUCCACCAAUUUCCAACUGAUAUCUUACUGCGCUCAAAGUGGAUCAGGGCUGUUAAUCGUGUGGACCCCAGAAGCAAAAAGAUUUGGAUCCCAGGACCAUGUGCUAUGCUAUGUUCCAAACAUUUUCAAGAAAGUGACUUUGAAUCAUAUGGCUUGAGAAGAAACCUGAAAAAAGGAUCCGUGCCCUCUCUUUAUCUGCACAAGGUUCCUCAAGGUAUAUGCCCUAAAGGUAAAGCAAGACAGAAAAUCCUGCAGCAGCCCCUUCCAGCUGAUUCUGAAGAGACUGCUACUGAGGACCAUAACUAUAGUUUAAGGACACCUUUGACAGUAGGUGCAGAGAAGCUGGCUGAAGUGCAGGAAAUGCUGCAAGUGUCCAAAAAAAGACAUGUCCCCGUAAAAAACUAUAGGAUGAUCAAGAAGAGAAAGGGUUUACAAUUAAUUGAUGCACUUGUAGAAGAGAAACUGCUUUCUGAAGAAACAGAGUUUCUGCUACGAGCACAAUUUUCAGAUUUUCGCUGGGAGCGACAUGACUGGAAGGACACAGCUGCGUACUCUACAGAAAUGAAACAGUUUGCUUGUACACUCUACCUGUGCAGCAGCAAAGUCUACGACUAUGUAAGAAAGAUUCUUCAGCUGCCUCAUUGCUCCGUCCUCAGAACGUGGUUAUCCAAAUGCAAACCCAGUCCAGGUUUCAACAGCAACAUUUUUUCUUUCCUUCAAAGAAGAGUAGAGAAUGGAGACCAGCUGUAUAAAUAUUGUUCACUGAUAAUAAAAAGUGUCUCUCUCAAGCAACAACUUCAGUGGGAUCCCAGCAGUCAGAGUUUGCAAGGUUUCAUGGAUUUUGGCCUUGGAAAACUGGAUGCUGAUGAAACACCACUUGCCUCAGAAACUGUUUUGUUAAUGGCAGUGGGUAUUUAUGGCCAUUGGAGAACACCUCUAGGUUAUUUUUUUGUAAACAGAGCAUCUGGAUAUUUGCAAGCUCAGCUACUUCGUCUGACUAUUGGCAAACUGAGUGACACAGGGAUCACAGUUCUGGCUGUUACGUCUGAUGCCACGGCUCACAGUGUUCAAAUGGCGAAAGCAUUGGGGAUAUGUAUUGAUGAAGGCAACAUGAAGUGUACAUUUCAGCACCCUUCAUCUUCUAGCCAGCAGAUUGCAUACUUCUUCGAUUCUUGCCACUUGCUGAGAUUAAUAAGAAAUGCGUUUCAGAAUUUUCAAACCAUUCAGUUUAUGAAUGGCACAGCACAAUGGCAGCACCUUGUGGAGUUAGCAGCACUGGAGGAACAGGAGUUAUUAGGUAUUGGAAGACUCCCAAGUAAACUUGCAAAUUCGCAGAAACACAUACUGAAAAUGAACUGUGCUGCCCAGGUCUUCAGUGAGAGUGCUGCCCGUGCAUUGGAAUAUUUGCUGUCACUAGGCCUGCCUGCUUUUCAAGACUGCAUUGGCACCAUCAAGUUUUUACGUCUAAUUAGUAAGCUGUUUGACAUUUUUAAUAGUAGGAACUGUUAUGGAAAGGGACUUAAAGGACCUCUGUUGCCUGAAACUUUUAGUAAAAUAAAUCGUGUAUUAAUGGAAGCCAAAACUGUUUUUGUUACAUUCUCUGACACUAGCAAUAAUCCGAUCAUUAAAGGUAAGCAAAAACUAGGAUUCCUGGGAUUUUUGCUUAAUGCUGAGAGCCUAACAUGGCUCUACCACAAUUAUGUUUUCCCAAAGGUCAUGCCUUUUCCAUAUCUUCUGACUUACAAAUUCAGUCAAGAUCAUCUGGAAUUAUUUCUGAAGAUGCUUAGGCAGGUAUUAGUCAACAGUGCCAGUCCUACCUGUCUGGCAUUCCAGAAGGCUUACCAUAAUGUGGAGAGCAGAUACAGAUUUCAAGAUGAAGUUUUUCUAAGUGAAGUAAGCACCUUUGACAUUUCAAUUGCACGAAGGAAAGACUUGACCCUUCGCACGGUUCAGCGUCAGUAUGGCAUCAGGGCCGUCAGGACUCUCUUUCCUAAAGAAGAUGUUUACCAGGACUGGUCUAGUUGUUCACUAAGUGCAGCACUACUGGACCUGUCAGAUCAUAGGCGAAAUCUCAUCUCUUGGGCCGGUUACAUUGCAAAUAAAUUGUCAGCUCUGUUAACUUGUGAGGACUGCGUCAGUGCUCUGUACACUUCAGACCUCAAAGCCUCUAAAGUUGGGUCACUGUUAUGUGUUAAAAGGAAGAGUGGUUCGUAUUUGCCUUCACAGAGUCUCUGCCGAGUCAUAAAUACCUGUGAGCAGGUUGUAAGAAGCCAUUCAAACACCGCAGUGUGUGAACUAGGGCCUAAACAGAGAGAAUCUUAUCUUCAACAGAAAAUACUACAUGAGCUUUUGGGGCACCUUUCUCUUUUUGUGGAUUUAGAUGAGCAUCUUUUUGAGGGAGAACCGUGUGCCAUCAACCACUUUGUAAAAUUGCUGAAGGAUAUAAUUAUCUGUUUCUUAAACAUCAGAGCUAAAGAUGAAGCUCGGGUCCCUUUAAAACAUCACUCAGAAAGACCUGAAAUGAGAACCAGGAAACUGGUCAUUAUUGGGUCACACAUGUUCAAGUUUGGCUAAUAACAGUAAAUUCAGGCAUUUAGUAAGUAACGGUGGAUAUCCAUUCAAAUGAGACCAGAAAUGUGUUAGCAUUUUUAUGAACAUACUUUACACUUGGUGAAGUUCAUGUCACCAUAUUAGCAGUUAGCUGUUCUGUACAGUGAACAAUUUGCAAUUCUGACAUGGAAUUUCUAAUGCAUAUCAUAAAGAUCUCUCAUACUUUGGUAUGGCCUGUGGCAUUUAUGAGUUUUCCAAAAUGUAGAAAGCAAUAAGUCUGGAGGUGCAGACCUGACCAAUAGGGUCUGUCUUUGAAGAUACGACUGUAAGACAGAACAGACUACAUUUCCUAAAAGACCUUUGGUUUAUGAUUUUUAAGAUUAUUAACAGAACACCUGUGGAACCUUGGAAAUAAUCUUUACCUAAAAAUAAAAAUUAAGUUGUGAUUUGGAAAUCAGGCUGAAGCCAAAUGUCACACACCACAAAACUUCCUGGGUUCAGGACACAUUAAGAUGGAAGUACUUCUGCUCUGUUAGGCAGAAGGUUAAGUACAUGGUCACGGAUUGUUCUGGUGCUGCAACCGAGAUGUAGUGUAGUCUGGGAAGGACGUAGGAACACGGUUUUCACUGCCUGAGUCCUGGACUUCGAAAUACUCCUUUUAAAUAAGAGAAGGUGAUCACUUAACCUGACUCCUGUUGGAAGAGCCUGGGGGCUCAGCAGAAAGCCGGAGGACGCCUUUAUUCCAACUUUGCCCUCUCUCAGGUCUACUUGUGUUUGCAAGGGGCUAAGGUAAUGUUACACAUAUAUUCAGUGUUGAACUAAUCCUGAAAUAUCACUGCACGUGUCGGUAACUUGUCAAAGGACAGGAACCAGCAUACAGUGGAUGUUUCAGAAAUUGGAAGAAAUUGAAUCUGCAGAUGGAAACAUCUUAAGGAAAGUUUUCUCCACUGUGUCACUCAGAUUUAAAAAGUAAAUUAAAAGAACCUACGUAUAUGUACUUUCCCAAAGCUGAAUAUUUUAGUGAGUAAAAGAAGAAACAAGCACAUUAUUCACUUGUGUUUGUAAAAUGUCAUUUUGUCAUUGAAUGUUUGAAAACUUUAAGUGGUAAAAGUUGAGUCUAUGAGGAGAAAGCCUUUGGCCUAGAUCCUAAACACCUCUUAGGAUCCCUGCGUCCUGUAUCAGAAUGCCCGGGUUCCUGUUCCACCUCCAGUUUUGAUCCAGCUGCCUGCUAAUGCGCCCCCUGGGAAGCAGCAGGUGAUAGCUCAAGGACUUGGAUCCCUGUCUUCCACGUGGGCGCCCUGGUGACAGGCACUUGAGGAGGGAAGCAGCGGACAGAAGAUCUGUGUCAUUAUUUCUGCCUUUUAAAUAAACAGUUUUUUAAAAAAGAA